AUGAAUUCGCGAUCGAAAAAAUGGUACGAUUCUAACCGGAAGUUGACGAGUUUAAGAUUUUCUGACAAAAAAAAUCAACAGAAUGAAAAUAAUGCUACACGGUCGUCAAACAAAAAAUCUUCCAACAUUUGUCAAAACUUUUUCGUAAAUGAAGAAUUAAAAUCGCAAAAGCGUCAAGGAGAAAAACAUGUAACCGACAAACUUCCAUCAAUUUAUCUUCAACGUAACAGGAAUAACAAUUAUCACGCUAACUCAUCGAUGUAUGUUCUAAGUAACAAUUGUAAAAUACGUUCAACUACAACUCGAGAGCGACCAACUCAAGGCUUGUCACCAAGGAAACCGUCUGCAUACAUCAGAUCGCCAAUGACGAAAAUAACUAAGCGGGAAGCUAAUGACUAUCAUUUCCAUUCAACUUCUUUUGAUUCAUCCAGGCUCUCAUUGAGGAAGUCUUAUGAGCAGAAAUUUAAAUAUAACGCCAAUUGAAGCAACGAGCUCAAAGAAAUUGCGUUUUCAUAGAAAAUUAUAAUUGUAAUGAAAUUAUUAACAGUUUCAACAUUUUGUAAACAUAAGAGUA